AUGAAUACUCCUAAAAACUAGUUAGAAACCUUGUUUGAUAUUUUUACCACAAUUUUGAAAGUGGAUGAAGAAAUAUUCACUUAAAUUAUAGAUAUUCUUAGAAAAGAAAACAUACCAGAUAUUAUUGAACAUUUUUCAAAAGAAAUAAAUCAAAAAUAUCUUCGAUCAAGCAUCAUAAAACUGAAGAAUGUAUCAAAUGAAAAUGAAGUAAACAAGUUAGAAGAUAUAGGAAAUGACAUCAAGGUUAUUCUAAAUACACUCAAAAAAAUUAAAGACAAUGAUAUUAAUUUAUAGAAUUUUUCCUCUGAGCAAUAUUUAGAAUUCAAAAAAGUUAUAAUGAGUAAAAUAAAAGAAAAUUAAAAGCUCAGAUCAUUCUUAAAAUUUUUAGUACAUUUAACUUCUGUAGAUAAGUAAUUCAUAGUAUGUGGAUCAAAUUCACUACAUUUAUUGGUGGAAAUCAAUGUAGAUUUAAAGAACUAAUGCUUCGAAAAUAUCAAGAUUAAAAAUACCUCUUUAAUUGGUGGAAAUUUUUUCAGAUGUAAUUUGAGUGGAUCAGUAUUUGAGAAUGUGGAUAUUAGUGGUGUCAAUCUAAAUGGAGCAAUUCUCUUUAAUUGUAAUUGGGAGUAGAUAAAGGUCGAUGAAUUAAAUUAUUUGCAAGGACAUAAAGGAUCAAUCUCAUAAGUAUGCUUCUCACCAGAUGGAACUACUUUAGCAUCAGGUGGUGGAAGUAUUUUUGGAGAUGGUGAUUGUUCAAUCCGUUUAUGGGAUGUUAAAACAGGAUAAUAAAAAGCCAAAUUAAAUGGUCAUUUUAAUGGAGUCCUAUCAGUAUGCUUCUCAUCAGAUGGAACUACUUUAGCAUCUGGUGGUCAUGAUAACUCAAUCAGAUUAUGGGAUGUUAAAACNUAAAAUAACCAGAAAUAGAUAGAAUAUUUGGUUUAUGAAAAUCAAGCACUUGACAGAUGA